AUGAUGAAGCUUCCUGAAAAGGUACCCAAAAGAAUACUUGCCAACGAAGAGUUGAAGAAGGAUUUGGACUCUUGUAUAUGGUCUGAAUUGUUGGAGCCAGAGGAAUUCGAAGAAACUUGGCUGACCAUUAUGGACCAAUAUGGUUUACAAAAUGAAUCCUGGUUCACAAAUAUGUUCACACAACGAGAGUAUUGGAUUCCAGCAUAUUUUAGGGAUUUCCCAAUGGGGUCGCUGUUGAAGACAACAUCAUUCUCUGAGUCCGAGAACAGCUUUUUCAAAAGGUACACAAAACCCCACUUCAAUCUUGCUGACUUUGUGAUGCACUACAACAGCGCGUUAGAUGCUCAACGUAACCUAUCAGAAAGGCUAGAUUUCGUUGAUGCUACAAAAGUCCCCUUCCUCUCAACGGAGCUCUUAUUUGAGAACCACGCAGCAUAUAUUUAUACAAAUCGCAUCUUUCAGCAAGUUCAAAAUGAGAUCGUCGAGGCUCAUCAACGUUGCAGAAUGACUCACUUCGAGAUGGAAGAUAAUACUGAGAUUUAUACAAUAACGGACAACCUUCGAAAUAAAGUUGUUGUCCGCCACGAAGUUGGCACCGAAUCGUACCACUGUGAUUUUUCACUAAUUGAUCGCAAGCGAGUUGUAACAGCCAAACUGCAUUCACUAUACUUUCGCUUAGUCCAACGAGCACAGAGCAAUGACGAUGACAUUGUUGCAUUAUUCGACGGAAUGGAAGAACUUAGUCAAAAACUCUUUGGGGGUACAGUACCUUCAUGGUCUUCCAUGGAUAAAGCACAGAGGAUUGAGGGUCUGUACGGGGCAUCUCGACCGAGUGUUGUUAACGUGCACCCUCCCGAUGUAGUGAGUACAAAGGGAUCUGGCAGCAGUUCUGGAAAGCGAAUUGCGUCAGCAACUGAGAAGGCCAUCAUACUACAGAAUAAACCUAAGAGGCGAUGUGCAAAGUGUCGAGAAAUGGGCCAUCACGAUGCAAGGAAUUGUGGUAGGGAGAAAGGAAAAUCUAAAAUGUAG